CUACCAUCAACCAAUCAUGUCAAUGUGGCGCUUUACGGAGCCCUCUGCAUUGCUAAACAAUUUGUGAGGCGCAUGGCGAUGUGGAACGGAGCUUGAGUUGGCCUCUGCAUAUCCGGAGGCUACGCAUUGCGUCACAUACGAAGCAUCUGACCACAUUUGUCAGAUCGAGCAUAAAUUGGCUUUGAAGCCUGGCCUGUUAUAUUGCAGGCGUAAUGUUGAGGAUAGGAGGACAUUGGGUGUAAACACAUUUUCGCUUGUAAUCAUUUUGGGCUCAAAUGACAGGCAGAACGAAACAGCAAGGAGGCUGUUGUGGUUUCUCUAUCCCAGCUUCCUGCAACUAUGAGUGUAGAAGCCAAUUCAAAGCCAAUGUAUGCUUGAUCUGUACAUGUGAUCGGAGGCUCAGUAUGAGCGUGUGACCUAAUUGUGGAGCCUCUGCAGGAAUGCGCCUCCCGGUAUAGCUCCGUAUUGACAUUAUCGGUUGAUGGCAGGUGGGGGCGGGAGGUCCCGCUCAAACUCACUUCCUUGACAAUGUCGGUCACCACAGCUCUGCGCUGCUCAGCGAAGCCCAAGACGUGUGGAUGGCCUGGUUUCUGCAGAGGCCAUAUCACCUAAACGCUGCAGGGCCAAUGUAACCCUUCGGAUUGACCAUGUAAUGCCUUUUAGGCUAUAAGAUAUUUCAAUGUGUAAUUCGCACUCCGACCUGAGAAAGGCAGCAAACCAGGGUCUAGUCUACCGGAACACACAAGAAAAAUAAGUGCGUUUACAUUUUCAAACAUCUUAAAUUAUGUGCCAUUUACUACGCAUUAUUUAAGACAUACAGAUAGUUAGCGACGCUUGUUCAACAGGACUUCCUGCAUUCGUUCCAAGUUACAAGCCAUGAGUUCAAACGUUUCCUUGUCAAAAGCUGAGUUGGCGGCAGCCAUCGGUGUGACUGCAGGAGCUACAGCUGCGGGCAUCCUCCUCUUCCAGUACCUCUCCAAGGGGUCAGGGGUCAAGCCCAAGGUCAACUUGGACCUGCAGAAAGACAACCCCAAAGUGGUGCACGCUUUCGACAUCGAGGACCUCGGGGAUAAGGCGGUGUACUGCAGGUGUUGGAGAUCUAAGAAGUUUCCCUACUGUGAUGGUGCUCAUGCUAAACACAACCAGGAGACGGGGGAUAACGUCGGUCCUCUCAUCAUAAAAAGAAAAGAGGCCUGAAUCCAAUCACUCAAUCAAUCAUCCCAUCCAUGUUAUUCCAUGACUGCUGCUGACAUACUGAUGCACACAAGUGCUCUUCGCUACAGAAAGGAUGACAGUGGUUGACAGUACACUUGGUAGUUGCUCUGAAAUAUGGUGACCAAAUCCAUUUUUGGCUAUAUUUAUUUAAUUUAUUUAUUGAAGCCACCCUUAUCACAGGACCAAGCAGUUAUCAUUUUUGUUGUUGUGGAAAAUGACUUUGUAAUCAUAGCUAGAAUAAUGAUAGAUAUUUCACUGGGGUUACCAAGGAAACAGGGGUGUGGGCGUACUGUAAAGCAUAGUACCACACUGGUUGUAUGUAUUUAAUUGAGCUGUGGUAUCUGUGCUGUUCAGAAUGUUUGGUUUUGAUCAAUGUUUGCCUUUCUUUUAUACUGUAGACAUCAUCAGAGCGACAGCGUAGCCUAGUGGUUGGAACGUUGGACUAGUAACCAAAUGGUUGCAAGAUCGAAUCCCCGAGCUGACAAGGUACAAAUCUGUCGUUCUGCCCCUGAACAAGGAAGUUAACCCACUGUUCCUAGGCCGUCAUUGAAAUUAAGAAUUUGUUCUUAACUGACUUGCCUAGUUAAAUAAAAAUAAAAAAUUAAUUUAUCUGUCCCAUUAUGAUGCCAUAGAGAUCGCAAUGUAUCCGUCCCAUUAUGAUGCCAUAGAGAUCGCAAUGUAUCCGUCCCAUUAUGGUGCCAUAGAGAUCGCAAUGUAUCCGUCCCAUUAUGGCACCUGUGAGUGUAUGGGCAGCGCCAUUGAGGAAAUCUCCAUUUUGAAGUAGUCCAUUUUCUUCUGCUACUUCUAUGAGUUAGUCAACAAACUGAAAGGGUUCAUACUGCCCCCUAGAGGGUGUUGUCUGAACAGGUAUGAAGCCAAGGCUGGUGAUUUACUGCUACCUGGAGUUAUGGAAUGUUUGCGCACAAAUAUAAUUAAUUGGCUGAUCCUGCCUGAUGACCUUGAUGGAAUUAUGUGAGACUUCCUUAACCCAUAGAAAGUCCCACCCAGUUGACUACUUAAAAAUGGUGAAAGUCCUCAAUGGCAAUGGCAAUGCUAAAACGGGCUUUUCGUCAGUAGAGUCCUCUAUCGUUCUCUAUGGUUGAUACUCAGGAGUUUUUCCUGACCACGGGACUUGAUCAGGGAUAUCUCUGUACCUUUUUAUUGCAGCUGUAACUAGGGGCCCCAGAGUUUUUCCAUGGUCAGGAAAAACACCUGGGGCUACUGAAGCAUCAAGGAAACGGAUGAGGUGUGACUUAUUUUUGAUUCAACUUGUGAAAUCGAUUGUAAAAUGGUGUCACUUUUCAAUGGUUUUUAGAUUAAAGGUUCUACAUCAUUCAUAUCUGCAAAUGAAGCCGUCGUAAUGAUUACCUAAGAUUACUAUAAGUCUGUGUUAACAGUGAAUCAAGAAGUUAAACUUGUGCCAUCCAUACUACAUACCAAUUGGAUUCCUGGGUUGUGUUCAGUGGGAGAAAAAAACUAAACAUGCGAUGUUGUGAAACUAGGAGGUAGCUUACUAGAGAAACACUUCCAAGUUUAGUUUUCGUUUUUAAAAUGUAUGUUUUGCUACGUUUUGCCCUACUUAACACAGCCCUGUAGCCUACUGAAUGUUUGAGUGGCUGAAACUGAACUUGUCAAGCAGCACUUCUGGUAACUAGCUUUAAUAAUUCACUGUUCUAUGUAGUGCAGCGUUUCCCCAAACUCUAUCUUGGGGGACCCCAAGGUGUGCACAUUUUGGGGUUUUGUCCUGGCACUACACAGCUUAAUCAAAUGAAUCAGCUUCACAGCAAGCCUUGACUAUUUGAAUCCGCUGUGUAGUGCUGGGCCAAAAUGUGCACUCCUUGGGUUCCCCAGGACUGAGUUUGGGGGAUAUGCUAACACUAGUGUGAGAAUGUCUACAGUCUGUGCCCUUAAGAUAUCUACAAUAUGUGACUUCAUUUUAAUCAAUCAUUUAAUCAUCAAUAAAAAAAACUAUACAAAUGUU